GUCGUGAUGGAAUGAACCGCGAAACAGACCUCACGAACCUGUGUUCAGAUAUCCCGUCAUGCGUCUUCUAUCAUUCCCCAGCCAUCUCCUCGUGGCUUUCCUAACCCUUAAAGAGGCCUCAUCCCUCGCCCUCACAAAACGCGACAGCCCUGUCCUUCCUGGUCUCUGGGCCGACCCCAACAUCGCCAUCGUCAACAAGACAUACUACAUCUUCCCAACCACCGACGGCUUCGAAGGCUGGGGCGGCAACGUCUUCUACUGGUGGAAAUCAUCAGAUCUCGUAUCAUGGACAAAGAGCGAGAAGCCAUUCCUUACUCUCGAUGGUGCGAAUGGUAACGUGCCCUGGGCUCCUGCCUUCGCAGCGCGUGGUGGGAAGUAUUACUUCUAUCAUAGUGGGAAUAAUCCCUCUGUGAAGGAUGGCCAUAAGAGUAUUGGUGCGGCGGUGGCUGAUCAUCCUGAGGGGCCGUGGAAGGCGCAGGAUAAGCCCAUGAUCAAAGGCACUUCUGAUGAGGAGAUUGUCAGCAACCAGGCGAUUGAUCCAGCUGCUUUUGAGGACCCUGAGACUGGGAAGUGGUAUAUUUAUUGGGGAAAUGGUGUCCCCAUUGUCGCAGAGUUAAACGACGACAUGGUCUCUCUCAAAGCAGGCUGGCACAAAAUCUCAGGUCUCCAGAAUUUCCGGGAAGGUCUUUUCGUCAACUAUCGCGAUGGAACAUAUCAUCUGACUUACUCCAUCGACGAUACUGGCUCAGAGAACUAUCGCGUUGGGUACGCUACGGCAGAUAACCCCAUUGGGCCCUGGACAUAUCGCGGUGUUAUUCUGGAGAAGGAUGAAUCGAAGGGCAUUCUUGCUACGGGACACAAUUCCAUUAUCAACAUUCCUGGAACGGAUGAGUGGUACAUCGCGUACCAUCGAUUCCAUAUUCCAGAUGGAAAUGGUUACAAUAGGGAGACUACGAUUGAUAAGGUACCUAUUGAUAAGGAUACGGGAUUGUUUGGAAAGGUUACGCCGACUUUGCAAAGCGUUGAUCCUAGACCUUUGUAGGUGGAAUAGCUGACAAU